UCGUCGUCGUCCUCGCUCAACUCCCACAUCACCGAUGAGCUCAACAACUCGCGUGCCUACAGCUCGUACCACACGUCCUCUGCCUCCCACAACCCACCAGUUCCCGACAAAAACAACCGAGUGUCGUCCAGCCUGAUCUUCUCGUUGCGUAAGGCCAAGGAGCGCUACGGCCACGCCAACGACAGCUUCAGCGACGUGUCGUCGCUCGACUCGUCCGGAACUGCUACCUCGUCGUCAACAGGCCCCCACCAGUCGUCCCACAGCCUCCACCACGGCUCCAGAAGACACAACAGCAUCGGCAAUGCGUUGUCCAAGUCCGUGACGAACCGCUCCGUCUCAUCUGCGUCCACCAACAUCGUCCCUACGCCUGUCGUGACCAACUCCAACCACUCACGCCAUGCCUCGGCUUACAGCAUCUCCACCGUCAACGGCAGCUCAGGCUCCAAGAACCCCUACGACACCCCCACUGCCCUCAAUUCUGCAUCUUCGUCGUCCAUCCUGGGCCCCUCAGUGAUAUCCAAGCCGUCGUUGGCCCACAACAGUGCCAACGAUCUGUUGACGUCUGGAGGCAUGAACGGGUUCGUGCUCGAAAAACCAACCCUGGUGUACGAAAUCGACCGUUUGUUCCGCAAGUUGAUGGAAAAAAGAGACUUCAAGUCUUUACCCGCCCAGGCCAAACAGGAAAUGUCUCACUACCACCCCGACAAAAAGUGGAUGUUGAUCUACCAGGACGCAUUGACCGAGCACAAACGGCUGGAGUCGUCCAACAACUCCAACAAGUUGGAAAACACAAAAACUCCCGAGUUCUACACCCAGAAGUUGCUCAGCAAAACCAUUCUGGCCGAGCAGUUGAAAAACUUGUGGGUGUCGCUCAGAACUGAGCCUAUAGAUUGGGUCCGGAACUUCAUUUACGACUGCCAGGGCGACGCAUUGUUGUCGUCCUACUUGCAAAAGGUCCAGGAGCAGAUCUCCCUGGCCGAGACCAACGACAUCAAUAACGAAAUCUUCGAUAAGGAGUUCAACACCCUCAAGGCCCUCAAGUGCAUGAUGAACCAGAAAUUGGGGGCUGAGAGGGUCAGAACUGACGCUAACCUCUACAUCAGCGCAGUAGCUGGCUCCAUCCUUUCUCCUCGUAUCUUGACACGGAGAAUUGCCCAAGAAUCGCUUGUUUUCAUGAUUGCCUACUAUACCGAAAAUGAUGGCGAGCAUAAAGGGAAGUACCACAAGAUUUUAAAGUCUUUGGACUCCAUACCCAACAAGCCCUACUUUGAGUUCGAAUCUGAACAAGUCCCCCAGUCCAGUCCAAAUAAGAGAGCCUCCACUGCAUCUGCCUAUAAUGUCAGCACCAACAAGAAACAAUUAGUUCGUAAGCCUCCCGCUCCAGAACAGUACAAGAGGUUUGAACUUUGGUUGCGUUUAGUUGAAAAGACCUUGGAUGGAAAAGGAAAGUAUAUGAAUUCGCUUGUUGGCGCCAGUGAUGAGCUUAAAUACAUCCAUGCUGGGUCAGGAAACACGAACCCCGGAAAUAUGGAGAACCAUCUUUUGGAGUACCUUCUUAGUACCAUGUUGUUGGUUAAUGCUAUUAUUGAAUUUGGACUCGACUUAAGAGUCAGAGUGCAUCUUCGUGCCCAAUUGAUGGCUGCAGGCCUCAGUCGUUUAUUGCCUCGCUUCCAAGAGUUGGGGUACGAAAGCUUAAACCAGCAGUGCUUCAAAUUCCUUCAUAUGCAAGAAAAUGAUGAAAUGGAACUAAAGAGCCUUGAACAGGUGGAUGAAAAUCUUGAUUUCAACAAUCCUGUGGAGUUAAUUGCAUCGAUAUGGGAAAGUGUCAAGAGCAGCGAAGCUCAAGGACACUUUAUUAGCGCCAUUCAGCACUUGUAUUUGAAUCAAAGCGAGAAAAAGAACAAUGCUGAGGAUCUUACUCGAAGUUUGAGAUUACUUGACGGGUUGAUCCAAAACGUCGCAAUGGUUCAUACAACAAAUGACGAUUCAGCUGUUGGAGUUGCUAUCGGUCGGUUGUAUUCAACCCUUAGCACUGAUGAUCAGUAUAGAAGAGCUCUUGACGAAGUUAAGAACUUCAAGAAAAUAGCUGAAGAAGCCACUGCAGAACGUGAUGAAAUGUCUCGUCAAUUAUCUUUGGGAGCAGAUGGAUUGAUAGCUAAUUUGUCCAAUGAUAUGAGAGAGCAAGAAAACAUUCUUUUAAGAACAAGGAGAUUGUACGAAGAAGUGAGCCAAGAAUUGGAAGAAUUGAAGAAGAAGCACUUGAUUGAAAAACAGGAACAAGAGCUAGAAAUGAGAGAAUUGUUGGUAAUGUUGAACAAUUCUCAAAUUGAUACCAGGAGAAAGGAUAAUAAAACAACUGUUUCUAUCCAAACCAACAACGAAAAGUUGAUCAAAAAAUUACAAAAGCAAAUUCAUAGAAAGAAAGCUGAGUACAGAUUGGACAACCGUGAGUUUGGUACUCAGGUUGAACCAUCGUCUAGGUUGAGAGCAUUAAGAGAUCAAAUGGGUGACAUCGAAAACAUGGCCAGAGAGUUGGAAAUGACGGAUUUCGAGACAUAUGUUAGCCCAGUUGAUGAUAGCAAGCCCACCACGGAAGAAAUUCCUUCAGAGCCGGAAGUUAUAGAGAGUGUAUCUGAAUCGUCAGAUGAAGAUAUUACUGCUACUGAAGAGCCAAUUCCUCAGGGUCCACCUAGAGCUGCAAGGUUAGAUGAUUUGAGUAAGCUAGACUCUUUGAGAAAGAAAUUAGCUUCGUUGCAAAGUGAGUCGAACGACAUCAUGAAGUUUAAUAAUAGCGCUAUGUUCAGCAAGCAAAAACUUCUUGCAAUGGAAAGAUUGAGAGAGUUGGAAAUGAAUUUCAAAGAUUUCAAUAUCAAUUUCAAUUGGGACGAUGGUACUGCUAAUGUAUCUCCUAACUACAACAUGAAUGAGGAAGAAGUCGACCCUUCCAUCAAGGCCAAGAUUCAAGAAGAGCUUCAAGAAGUCCAAAAAUUGAAGGAAGACUUGAAGAAGAAAUUGGCUGACGUCGAGAAAGAAAAGGCUCGCUCCAAGAAUGCUUCUAAAAGACAUUCUGUUAUUAUGGAUCGUAUUGAAGCAAAAUACAUUCAAGGAAAGGUUGAGCCCCCUAGUAGUAAUGAGAUAGUCAAGGGUUCAAUGACUGGAAGUUACAGAAACCAUAGAAAAACUACAAUUGGUGCUAUGGAUCCAAAGUUUUUGCAAGAACUAAGCUCAAAGGUAACGAAGGUAGAGCCUAUAGAUACCAUCAGCGAAAAGACAGAGAACUCAGGGGGUGAUCAGGACAAGGAAGUAGUAUCUACGCCUACUACUUCACCCGUUAAAGAAGCAUCAAAGGAACCCGAAAAAGUUGCACCAAAACCAACUGCACCACCACCACCUCCACCACCAUUGCCAUCUCUUUUGUCUGGUGGGGCACCACCACCACCGCCACCACCACCACCUCCACCACCGCCAUUGCCAUCUCUGUUGUCUGGUGGCGCUCCACCACCACCACCACCACCGCCACCAUUCCCUGUUGGUAAGAAUACACCUAAAAUAAUACCUGUCGAAAGAACUCCUAGUCCGUUUGAUAAUUUCCCAAGAGCUAAGAAGAAGUUGAAGCAGUUGCAUUGGGAGAAAUUUGACAAUGGCUUGUCAAACUCAUUCUGGCAGACAACUCAAACAGAUUCGAUUGCUUCUGAUUUAAUGUCGAAGGGUGUAUUUGACGAAAUUGAACUUAUUUUCGCGGCCAAAGAGAUCAAGAAGUUGGCCACGAAGAAAAAAGAGGAUAUUGAUAAGGUUUCAUUCUUAUCGCGUGAAAUGGCUCAACAUUUCAGUAUCAACUUACAUGCAUUCAAUGGUAAUUCAGAUGAAGAAUUGAUUGCUAAGAUAUUAAGAUGUGACAAGGAUGUCAUUCACAACAAUGCAGUAUUAGAAUUUUUCGGUAGAGAAGAUGUGGUUGAAAUCUCCAAUAGUUUGGCCAGAAACUUCGAACCAUAUUCUACUGAUUAUAAGGCAGAAGAGCCUUCAAAACCUGAUAAGGAUCCAAAUGAGUUACAGAGACCGGAUAGAAUUUAUUUGGAAUUGAUUUACAACUUACAACACUACUGGAAGUCGAGAAUCAGAGCAUUGAAUGUUGUAGCUAAUUUUGAAAAAGAUUACGAUGAUUUGGUGAAUAAAUUGAGAGCUAUUGAUCAAACCGUCGAGGACAUCAAGAAUUCCAAGCAUUUGAAAAGCGUUUUCGAGAUUAUUCUUACUGUUGGUAACUAUAUGAAUGAUUCAACAAAGCAGGCACAGGGUUUCAAAUUAAGCUCAUUGCAAAGAUUGAGUUUUAUGAAAGAUGAUAAGAAUAGUAUGACUUUCUUGCACUAUGUUGAAAAGAUUGUUAGACAGCAGUAUCCUGAAGUAUUGGGUUUUGUCGAUGAGUUAGCUAAGUGUCUCGAAAUAUCCAAGUUUUCAAUUGAAACCAUCUCAAACGAUUGCAGAGAUUAUGCAAACUCGAUUAAAAACGUGCAAAGUUCCAUUGAUAUUGGUAACUUAAGUGAUUUAUCUACAUUCCAUCCUAAUGAUAGAGUUCUUAAAGUCGUAUUACCAACAUUGCCCCGAGCCAAGAGAAAGAGUGAAUUAUUGCUUGAUCAGUCUAAUUACACUUUGAAAGAAUUCGAUAACUUGAUGAAAUAUUUCGGUGAAGAUCCAGGUGAUUCAUUUGUUAGAAAUUCAUUCAUCAGCAAGUUCGCAAACUUUGUCAAAGAUUUCAAGAGAGCACAGGCGGAAAAUCUCAAGCGUGAGGAAGAGAUCAGGAUUUACGAACAACGUAAAAGGUUGCUCGAAGCACCAAAGAGACCAGCUACAAAGGAAGAGGGCGAAGAGGAAGAGGAAUCUGACGAUGCCAAUGUUAUGGAUUCUUUAUUGGAGAAGUUGAAGGCAGCAGGUCCAGCAAAGGGCGAACCUUCCUCUGCUCGCAAGCGGGCAUUGAUGAGAAAACACUUAAUGGAAAAUCUGAAAAAGGUAACAUCUCCAACGGCCAACAAGGUCCAAUUACCCGAAUCCACUAGUCCCUCAACAGCCAGUUUCGAGGGACAGACAUCGCCAAUCGAGGAUAUGUUCCCAGCCAAUAGCAGCGUUAGCUCCUCUACGGAUUUGGAGGAAGAGGCCAAUGAAGGUGACUUGGGCUCACGAGCCAGGAAUCUUUUACAAGAGUUAAGGGGAAGUGGAGAAAAUUCCUCGAACGAACGGAUGAGUGCAGCUCAAAAAUUCAGGCAAGAAAGAUUGAAGAAGAAGAUCUCCAGUGUUACCUUGAAUGAUGAAGAC